AGCCCUUAAAACGGGAAAGGGGACCUUCCUGUUGCGGGCUCCAAGCUGACAGGGAGACGGAGGGGAAACAUUGAGCCCACAAGUCAGGAACGAGAAGCUGCAACCCCGGGCUCAGAAAGUGACAACGGCCCUCUCGUGACUACUGCUGAUUGUCCACCCCACAAACCCUCCUCCCAAUCUCCCCCCCCCCCCCCCUCCCUCCCCACCCUCAGACAGCUUCAGCUCAGCCCUGAGGAUGCUGCUUUCGCUCCUGCCUCUCUUGGUUCUUCUCCACCCGGUGCUCCCGCAGAGAACUCUCUUCACAGCCGUCACCGACACCGUCCUACCCCCCGACUACGACAACAACCCGAUCCAGUUGAAUUAUGGAGUGGCAGUCACUGAUGUGAACAACGACGGAGAGCUGGAGAUAGUGGUGGCCGGGUACAACGGUCCGAACCUGGUGUUAAAGUAUGACAGAACCACAAAGCGGCUGCAGAACAUCGCUGUUGAUGAACCCAGUUCUCCGUACUACUCACUGCGCGAUCGCCAAGGGAACGCUAUAGGGGUGGCGGCCUGUGACAUCGAUGGUGAUGGACGAGAAGAAAUAUACUUUCUCAACACUAAUAAUGCUUUUUCAGGCAUAAGCACCUACACAGAUAAACUCUUCAAGUUUCGGAAUGGAAGGUGGGAAGACAUCCUGAGUGAUGAGAUCAACGUGCACAGAGAGGUUGCUAACCGAUUUGCCGGCCGCUCAGUUGCAUGUGUGGAUCGAAAGGGCUCCGGGAAAUACUCUGUCUACGUGGCCAACUAUGCCAGUGGCAGAAUUGGCCCUCAUGCUCUGAUAGAAAUGGACGAAUCCGCCAGCAAUCUGUCAUUGGGAAUCAUCGCACUCUCCAACGUGGCACAGGAGGCAGGAGUUGACAAGUUCACGGGUGGCCGUGGAGUAGCAGUCGGCCCCAUCGUCAGCUCCAGUAGCUCCGAUAUAUUCUGCGACAAUGAGAAUGGACCGAACUUCCUCUUUAAGAACAAUGGAGAUGGCACCUUCACUGAUAUAGCAGCCCAGGCUGGAAUCGAUGACCCUCAGCAACAUGGCCGUGGACUGGCUUUGGCAGAUUUUAAUCGGGAUGGGAAAGUGGACAUCGUCUACGGUAACUGGAUGGGACCACACCGCUUCUAUCUGCAGACCAGCGUGAAUGGAAGGGUCCGAUUUAGGGAUAUAGCAACCCAGCCGUUUGCGAUGCCCUCGCCAGUUAGGACAGUGAUUGUGGCAGAUUUUGACAAUGAUCAGGACCUUGAAGUAUUUUUCAAUAAUAUUGCAUACCGAGGAUCUUCGGCAAACCGCAUCUUCAGAGUUUCUCAACGGGAUGGGGCAGACCCGUUGAUUGAAGAGGAAGACGCAGGAGAUGCUGCGGAACCCACAGGACAAGGAACAGGUGCUGUUGCUACAGAUUUCGACGGUGAUGGAAUGCUGGAUCUCAUCAUCUCUCAUGGAGAGUCCAGGGCUCAGCCACUGUCUGUGUUCAAAGUAACCCAGGGCACCGAUAACAAUUGGCUGAGGGUCAUUCCCCGGACCCGGUUUGGUGCGUUUGCCCGUGGGGCAAAGGUGGUGCUGUACACACGGAGAACUGGGCCGCACCUCCGUAUAAUCGAUGGAGGAUCUGGGUAUCUCUGUGAAAUGGAGCCAGUGGCACACUUUGGAUUGGGUAAGGACAUUGCAACUCACCUGGAGGUGACCUGGCCUGGUGGGACAUUCACAUCACGGGCUGUCCCCCCAAGUGAAAUGAACUCCACGAUGGAAAUCCCAUUCCCAAACCAGGACAGUCAAACCUUCAAUCUUGACAUUGAGUGUGGGGAAGGCUUCACAGCUGACAGGAGUGGUCGCUGUACGGAUGCUGAUGAGUGUGUGCAGUUCCCACCAGUAUGCCCCAGGGAGAGGCCCAUCUGUAUCAACACUUACGGAGGCUUCAAGUGUCGACCGAACAGGAGAUGCAAUCAUGGUUACGAACCCAAUGAAGAUGGAACAGCUUGUGUGGCUCAAGUCGCGUAUUUUGGGAGAGGAGGCUUUUCAUCAGGUACAAGACUCUCUGUCUGUCUCUGCCAAACUGCUGUGGUCCUGCUAGGUUUAAUCCACUGGCUCCUCGCCUGAGUCCUGACCCUCCACGUAGCCCAGUAACUCUACAUUCAGAACCCUUGGUCUUCCACUGCCCAAAGAGUCGUCAAGAUGAACAGAAUUCGAAAGAGCUCGGCCAAUGUUCAGUCUCUGGUUCACUGCUGUCCGUCCGCCUCACAAACUCCAGAUGAACAAGCAUCCUGAGAAAAGCAUAACAUUCUGAUUGGUUAUAAACUCCUUACAUAGCUCCAUUAUAGGGAAAUCCCAACCCAGCACAUCCCGGAUUCACACACUCACAAGAAUUUGGUUAUACGGCAUCAUAAUGAUAGACAGCAAACAUCCAGAGAAAAACACACAUAUACACGCAAUCAUUUACACACAUACACACGUAUACACACAUACACACAUAUACACACAAACACACAGCCAUUUACACACAUACACACAUUCACACACAUACAAUCACUUACACACAAACACACAAUCACUUACACACAAACACACAAUCACUUACACACAAACACAAUCAUUUACACACAAACACACAAUCAUUUACACGUGCACACAUAUACACACAAACACACAAUCAUUUACACACAGACAUUUACACACAAACACAUAAUCAUUUACACACAUGCACAUAUAUACACAUAUACACACAAUCAUUUACACACAUAUACACAUAUACACACAAUCAUUUACACACAAACAGACAUUUACACACAAACACAUAAUGAUUUACACACAUGCACAUAUAUACACACAAACACACAAUCAUUUACACACAUAUACACAUAUACACACAAUCAUUUACACACAUACACACAAUCAUUUACUCACAAACAGACAUUUACACACAAACACACAAUCAUUUACACACAUACACACAUACACACAAUCAUUUACUCACAAACACAUUCACACAACAUAUGAGGACAUGCAAAUAUCCACAUGCAUGUACAUGCAGACACACAAAUACACGCACAGACACACAUACACACACACACACACACACACACACAGGCGUAUACACACAAACAGGCACAAGUAUAAUCAUCUAUAAAUGCAUGUACAUAAAAAUGCCAUCAUGCAGACAAAACAAUAUGUAUGUAUAAAUCAUUGUGAAUGUGCAUCCAUGCUUACACAGACACACACUUCCUCAGACUCAUACACCCUCAUUCACAAUCACACUCUCAGAUACAUCCUCACAAACACCCUCAUAUACAAUCACACCCUUUCAUACUGCCACACACAUGUCCCCAUUUACACACAAAAACACACCAUCCACACAAAUGCUUACACACCAUAACACCUAAUGUAUCUUUGCAACUGUGCUUAACAUAAUCGAAAUAAACUGCGCAACCUGUUUCCAGCUUGUUCCUGCAGAACCACGCAGCUGAGCUGUGAGCUGCAGUGUGGACCCGACACUGAGCUUGAUCUGUAACCCUGUUGGGGCCAUCACCUUCAACUCUGUAUAAAACUGAACAAUGCAACUAGACUCUUCUGUUCUGUUACAUCAAUCCUACAUGUUCAGGUCGACUGCGGACCAACCCAAGCUAGAACAAUCCCAAACUGUCUGGACAACAUUUGUCAUUUAAAGAAGCAAGUUUGCGAUUUAAAAAAGGGAAGGAAAUGCCAUCACAAACCUGAAGAGAAAGAAAGACUAAACCCACUGCACGAUGGAUUGAAAUGGGUUGAGAUGACUGAGUGACAGGUUGAACAAGUCUGCUUCUAGCUGACUAGGUUUUGCAGGAGCUGCUGCUUUGGUUCCUCGGCCUGUUGCGUUAUUGAGCUAACGUACAGACCAUUCCUGAUAGCUGUCAGCAACAGCAGGGCAGGUCAGGGAGCAUGCUGGGCGGUCUUCUCCAUAAGUUUAAGAUCUCAGUGUUUUGCCAUCAUAUCUCACCAGUCCUGUUCCUAUAGGGAAAGUGCAGGAGUGAAGUAGGGUGCUCCGUCCUUCAAAAAAAAGGAAGGCAUUACCAUCUGAGGGCAUCUUGUCCUUUUUGAGAUUGAAUCUCACAGGCUGUUCUCUGGCCAGGGGAACGGGCAUGGGAGAUGGUCACUCAACACAGCGUACAACUCAAGGGGUUAGUAUUGAGAAGGAUCCCACUGGUGAGGCAGGGGGCUCUCCUGUGGAUUAACGCAUACUGUUGAGGGAAGCUUAGAGGUAAAUCAAUUAAAAAUCAAAGAUUCAAAUCUAGACAAACUAGCUUUGUAUAUUAUUCAAUGACCCUCAACUAACCUUUACACCACAAUGAUUAUGUUUCAUCAAGACCAUGAUUAUGUUAUAGCCUCAACAUGCCAUGGUUGGUGUGUAUGGCAUGGCACAGAGGGGCAUCAAGUGCAGUGUUUGUCAGUUUGGACAGACUCACAUCAAGGUUUUCAUUGUCCCUGAUUCAAUCUGGUUCUAACCAUAUGUACAUGAUCCUGGAGCACUGCGGGUACAGCACAGCAGAGGGAAUUCUGUGUGCUGUAGAGGUACUCUUCAUGCUUCUGAGUGAUUUUAAAGAUCACAUGAAAAGCACAGAAUUGAGACAGAAGGAGCCUAUUGGACUCAACCAGGCCUUACUGUGAAUAUUACAACCUCCUGUAGAUAUUUCUAAUUGACCUGUUCAUAGCUAUCAUUACACACAUCUGGAGCAGACGAGAUUUGAACCUGAUCCUUUUGGCCAGAGGAUGGGUACAAACACCACCACUACAUGACAAGAGCCCUUGCUACACCCACCUUGUAUACUGCAGCCUGUGUGUACCAGAGAUGAAUUUAUUUUUGAAUUACUUAUUUUAUGUAUUGUUUUCUCUGGCAAAAUUCAGCACACUGUCAGCUGCAGAAAGGGGUUUCAUUCGACAUUUGAUGCUCUCCUAUAGAUAUUUUUAUAAACUUGAGCAUUCACCUUUAAAAUUGUAAGGAAAUCUUCCUUUCCGUUUGUCAGUGAAAAGAAAUGGCAUGUGGUCACUGCUAUAUGAUGUCACCGCAUUGUGUUUAGAUAUGACGUUUCUGUGUGGCAGCAUGAAUAUGAUGUCAUCAUGUCGGCGGUUCAAUAUGAUGUCAUCAUACUGCAGGGGAUCUCCUUAUUUGGAUGACCCAUCCCAAUAUGGCUCAGACACUGUAAAUAGUUUCCACCGGUUUAACACAGAUUUACUCCAAAUGCAUCGCCAACCGUUGGGAAUAGUGACUCCAACUCAUAUUAGACACAAUCCUUGACUAAAUUGAUAACUGGCGGAGGAAGCUUCAAUCUGACUCAAGUCUCACCCUCUUCACCUCGGUGGUUUCUGAGCAGAGAAAUAUUUUAAGAUUUGGUGGCCUCUCCCUUCAGUUUUCUCCCUUCUGUUUGCUAAGGUCCCAGGUGUGGGGGCUGGACUGCCAUUGGCAACUCCCUCCCAGUGGCUAUUCUCCCAGUGAAUGGGUCUGGCCAAUGAGAGGUGAUGGUUGACCAGGGGGUGGGGAAGAGAAAUCAAAUUUUGGGCUUGGAAUCCAGCCUGUCCCAAUAUUUCUGCAUGGACUUUGACCGAGGUGACCAGGAACAGGGGGGCCUGAUUGAUAGAUUGUACUCAGAUGAGUUCAGGGAAACUCCACUCAUCCCAGUCUACUAUACCAUCCCAGACCACCAUCCUCAAACCCGACACCUUCCUGGUUUGUGUGGAACAGGGAGCAGGACAGUCGCACAAAGGGUUGGUUUAUUGGAAAUGCAAACAUUUUCAUUUCAUAGCAAUCCUGCAAUCACAGCUUCAUUGGCUGGGAAGCGCUCUGGGGCAUCUGGAGGGCACUAUAUGAAUCCAGGUUCUUUCUUGCUUAGUCCCAUUGUGGGGCACAGCUUUAAGCAGUAAUGUCUUGCUGUGUGUCUCUCUCAGGAUUCGAGUGUGUGCUCUUGUACCAUGCCAGGCUGGCGAGAGGGGGCACUCUGGUUCCAGCUUGCCGAUGUGGUGCCAUCAUCUCUGGUGUACAUGUUACGAUUCAGUGAUUAUUGUAUUUGACCUGCAGAGUGUCAUGCUCAUGUCUAGUGAGAAGCUGCAGGUUUAGUCUGAUGCCUUGUAGUGGUACUCUGUGUUGGUUGGUGAUGGUCUACUCAUAAAUAUUGGUUUCAGUA